AUGCCUUCCUCGCUUGCCAUGCCAGCGGGCAACAACUGGCAAGUCGAAGGUGAUGAGUACGGAAACCCCGGUGAAGAAGGCCCCGUGCAAGACAACGAAGAUGAAGAUGAAGAUGACGGUUGCGAGUCUCCACUAGAACCUAUGGUAAGCCAGAAUCGCAAGCGGAGGUUCUACCACGACUACCCGUCCAGCCAUCCCAUGCGCAAGAAGGUGCGUAAACAUGUUCUCCAGUGGAAACGGAACUGGCAAUGCAACAUUAUCCGCGCCAUCCGAGAUCAUGUCCGGAGCGAAGUGCAACGCCAGCCGAGCCUGCUUCAGUGGGAUCAGGAUACAGCGCUUACCCACUUCCACACCGGGUCGUCGACGUCAAGGCAAUCUGUCAUGGUCCUGGGAAGCUUGCAGCUUUCCCCGUAUCUCACGUUAGAUGACCCUGACCAACGUGCAUCGAUCACGGACCACAAGUUCUCGCAGGUAUUCUGCCAUUCGUUCCGCACGCUUUCGCUUGAGGAGACCUACAACGAAGUUGGUAUUGAGGACAUUCCGGUCAAGCCUUCCCGCGGUGAUAGUGGUAGUGUGGGGCGUAACAAGAAAGUGAAGAAGAGUCUGCCUGGGCUUAGCCAAAUGCAUCAGUACUUCAAGUCGUGGGACCCCCUCCAGUCCACUCGGAUCGCGAGCAUACUAAUGUGGAAGUUGUACAUCUACAUCCAUGAGUGGCAAGCGUAUCGAGAUGCGUUCUGGAAAGAGCUAGGGUUCAUUAUUUGUCACUCGUUGUUGGAAGGCGAGGUGUCUGUCGUUGUCUUCGGCCCACCAGAACAGGCUGCGUGCUCCAAGGACGAGAAAGUGACGAACCACAAGCCGCGUACGGAAAUAUGGCAAACGUUCUUGAAUGUACUUCAUACAUAUCACUCGUGGAUUGGCUCCAGACAAGAUGACGCCGUGCCCGCACAGCCGCUCAUCAGCCACUGGAAGCGGAUCUGUCCUGAUGGUAAAGAUGUAGCCACGGUUGGCGAAGGCUCCAAGAUCGCCUCCAGCACCGUCCUCGCGGCCCGUGCUGAAGCUUCGACCAGACCCAGGGGCCAGCACACCCAACGGUAUCACAGCCAUACAUCGAGGAAACACCGUUUGGUGAAAACCAUUGCCCAUACGUGGGGCCACUUCUCGUUUCGUCUUCACAGCCAGUAG